GAACGGAGCCACCCAUGAGGAUGGUCUGGUACCACCUUUCUUCACUGUUUCUCCUAACUACCUACUCGUAUUCACAAGACGUUCCAGAAGAAGACUGGAAUCCACAGUUUGGGGAGCCUAUAUCAAAUGUGACCGUCCCGUUAGGAAGGGAAGCCGUUUUGUCUUGCGCCGUCAAAAAUCUCGGCCAUUUCAAGGUUGGAUGGCUGAGAGCGGAAGACCAAACCGUUUUGAGUCUCGACACGCGGGUCGUCACGCACAACUUCCGCGUGAGCGUCAGUCACGAGCCGGACAGCGAGACUUGGAGGCUUCACAUCCGGCAGGUCAAGUACUCAGAUCGGGGCUGCUACAUGUGCCAGAUCAACACGAACACAAUGAAGAAGCAGCUUGGCUGCCUCGACGUACACGUUCCUCCUGACAUUAUUGAUUCCGAGACGAGCUCUGACACGGUGGUUGAAGAAGGCGAAAACGUGACGCUGAUAUGCAAAGCGAGGGGUCACCCGGCCCCCAGAAUAAUCUGGAGGCGGGAGGACACCAAAACUUUCACCGUUUACAACAACACAUCCGGCUUCGCCACGGUUGACAGCUACCACGGUGAGAUGAUGAAAUUCGUAAAAGUCGACUACACUCAGAUGGGUGCUUAUCUAUGUAUAGCCACAAACGACAUCCCGCCAGCAGUCAGCAAGAGGAUUGUGCUCCGAAUAAAUUUCACUCCUGUCGCGAGGCAGCCGAGUCAGAAGGUCGGCGCCGUCCUCGGGUCUUCAGUCAGCAUCAGCUGCGAUUUCCACGCUUUUCCAAACGACAACACCUCCUGGCACAGAGAAAUCGGAGAAGUCCACGAUUACGGUGGGGAAUAUAAGAUAGGAGUAACUAGAUCGUCGUACGAAAUUACUCUGCACUUGACCAUAAGAAACAUACGAGCAAUAGACCUCGGUAAAUACUUCUGCGUUCUUUCAAAUAACAUGGGCUCAGCGCGAGGUACAAUCCAAUUGUAUGAAAUCAGGGUGGAAACAACAACCAUGCCUACCACAACGACACCGAUCACGACGACCAAAGCUACCACAUCUACCACGACUCCUACGAAGAAAUCAAUCAUAUUUAUUGCUCCAACACAUUCAGAUUUGCCGGAGAACAACGAAAUCGAAGAACUCCCCCUUUUUAACGACGCCAACAACAAAAGGGGAGCAGAGGCGAGCAGCAGGAGGCGCAGUUUCACGGUGUCGUCCUGCUCCGGCCUGAGAAUCUCCCCAAUUUUAUUAACACUUUUUCUUAUCAGGUGAUAAAACAAAGUAGAGACAUCGAAUAAAUCGAAACUGUCAAUGUAGGAUGGGCCGCAGUCACCGCGGCCUUGUUAACGUAUCGAGAUGAACGGCCUGAACGGAGAUCCGGCCUUAGAAACGACUGAUUGAAUCUGUUUAGUUUAAAUGUCCAUAAAGCCUCGAAAAAGAACAAAUUGAGCACGAUGUUUAAUUAUGCAUAUCAGAGGCAUAUCAGAUAAAAACCCAUUGAGUUUAAUAAAAUUACUAAAUAUGCAUAAAUUAAUUACUGUCAAAUAAUGUACAUAUUAUGACCUUAAAGUAUGAAUCGGAAAGGGUUAUUUCCUAAAUUUGUUGGGUUGGAUAGACUUUGGUCUGUUUUUCUGAAUGUUAAUGUAAUGAGUUUUAUCAAAUUUCAUUUAAUGUGAUAAUUGUAUAAGCUUGAACCCAACAUUUUCUUUUCGUUUCUUUUUCAUUCUGUUGUAAAAAGUGAGAAAAUGUGUAAAUAAAUUACAAACAAUUGUGAAUUAGAGUUCUUUUUAUCAUAAAAGCAACCUGUUUAAUUUAUUCCUAAAAGCGUGAUCGAUGCCGCUUUGAAAAUAAAUCAUUUAUUACGACGGCGUAACGUUCUUAGUACUUUUCCCCUCUCUUACUUGUACCUAUACUUGAUUUAUGUAAAAUCCGGAAAAGCUUUCAUGGAGUCUUUGCCGCAGGAAAUUGAAUUCCAAGGCUAAAGGAAAUUAUUUCAGCUAUCAAUGAAAGGUCAUUUGACGCAGUCGUUUAUUUUUUUUUUUUUUAACGUGUUUCGCGUCCCAACCCUUAAAGAAAUGAGGAAGGACGAUAUCCAAAACCGUCAUGAGACUUUUCUUUAAUAAUUCGAAUUUUCGUUUUGGAGAAAACUGCCUCGCAAAGGUAAAAUAUUGAGCUUAUUUUUAUGUGGUUCAAUCCUCAAAGUUGGAUUUCUUUCAAAUGUAGUGUAAAGCAAUAUUGAGUUCCAUUGCGACUAAUGUAAAACCUCGCUUGAAGUUUUUGGGGCUGAAUUAUGUACCAGAUUUUUUGUUUUUGUAAAUUUUUACCCCUACUGUGUAAAAGAACUGUUUUGUAAUUUUUGUAUAAGAAAAUAAAAAGUUGUCAAGUAAUCUUAGCAUGUAAGCGUUUUC